AUGCGCGUUGCUUUAGGGCUGCUGCUCUGGCCAUCUCUGGUCAUGGGGUUUCCAGGCACCUCAGCCGGGCACAACGAUCAUUCAGCGCACCAAGCAUUGCACAAGCGAUGCCCAUAUGCUGAAUCUCAGGCGCACUCUGAGACCAAAUUUGACAAGCGAUUCCUUCUUGAUUCGAUGAAAUCACCCGUUGAUGUUACCGGCAAACACGCGUUCCAACCACCAAAUUUUGAAGCUGGUGAUCAGCGUGGACCUUGUCCUGGUCUCAAUGCAUUGGCAAAUCAUGCAUAUAUCCCGCGUGACGGGGUGGUAUCGGUGGGUCUUUAUGGUAUGGGCGUUGACCUGGCUACUAUUCUUGCCAUAAUGGGCACCGUCUGGACCGGUGACCCCCUUUCCCUUGAUCCAAGAUUCUCAAUUGGAGGUCGAGACACUGGUGUCAACAACCUGCUUAACAAUCUGGGAGGAUUGCUGGGCGAGCCCCAGGGUCUCAUUGGGUCGCACAAUUUUAUCGAAGCCGACUCCUCCAACACCCGUGAUGAUCUAUAUGUGACUGGUAACAGCCAUACACUUAACAUGGAUAAGUUCAUGGCUUGGUAUAACAUGUCGACCGACGGCACAUUUGACAUGGACCUCAUGGCCAAACGCGCCAAGAUUCGUUUCGAUGAGAGUGUCCAAACCAACCCUGACUUCUACUAUGGUCCCGUCACAGGACUGAUUGCGCGGAACGCCGGCUACAUGUUCUCAGGUCGUUUGUUCAGAAACCAUUCCCGCGAAAACCCAGAGGGAGUCCUGACAAAGAGUCACAUCCGAAGCUUUUAUGGCAUUUACGGCGAUGAGGGUAACUUGACUUAUCGGGAAGGUUGGGAAAGAAUCCCUGAUAACUGGUACAAGACCCCGGUGGACUGGGGACUUGUCCAGCUCAACUUGGAUACCAUUGACUGGAUUCUCAAGUACCCCGAACUUGGAAGUAUUGGUGGAAACACGGGCACAGUCAACUCAUUUACUGGUGUUGACCCUGCAGAUCUCACUGGUGGGGUGCUGAACUUGACUACCCUUCUUGAGGGUAACAAUCUGCUGUGUUUCGUGUUCGAGGUCCUCAAAUUUGCCAGUCCUAACGCCCUAGGUGGGUUGUAUUCGACACUAGCAGGGCCUCUGGAAUUCGUCACAGACAUGCUUUCGAUUCCCUUGUUGAACCUCACUUGUCCAGCAUUUAAGGAUUUGCAAAUGGGAGGCAAGCCGAUCUGGGAAGCGCUGAAGAAUGACUUCCCGGGCGCUUCGAAGAGUGGUCGUUUCUUCUAG